AAGAUGGCGGCGCCCGGCGCGACCUUCCGCCGCCUGCUGCCGCUGCUGCGCCGCCCGCCGGCGGUGGCUGCUGCUCGGCCCUACGGGGUGCGGGCCGCCGAUACCGGCGAGCUGGUGACGCACACGGGGCAGGUAUAUGAAGAAAAGGAUUACAGAAGAAUUAGAUUUGUUGGGCGACAAAAGGAGGUGAACAAGAAUUUUGCGAUUGAUUUGAUAGCAGAGCAGCCUGUGAGUGAAGUUGAAAGCAGAGUGAUAUCAUGUGAUGGCGGUGGUGGUGCUUUGGGACAUCCUAAAGUGUACAUAAACUUGGACAAAGAUACAAAGACCGGAACAUGUGGCUACUGUGGACUUCAGUUUAAACAGAAACAUCACUGAACUAUCAUUCCUGUGUGCUUGUAGAUUUCUGUUCAGAUGUUAAAGUUUAACUAUAAAUAAACAAUAUAUUUAGAAACCCAA